UGGAGAAUCAUCACAACCACGACUCAUUGCGUCCGCAUAACAUUCUUCUUCUUCCGUCGCGGAUUACAUUUCUUUCAUUCUCACCCAUGAUACCCGAAGCUGCGUUGCUUCACAUCACAUUCCUUUAUCCCCCGUGAACCACCACGCCACCACUGCACAAUGUCCUUCCAAACCACCGCCGCGCACUCAAGCCGCAUCAAGAAAUCCAACCCCGCCAGCGCCCGCCGCCCCUCCUGCGCCUUCUCCUCCCUCCCCCGUCGCAAACCCAUCGCGCGCGCAGGGAGCUCUUCCAAACAGCAAUCCCAAGAUGACUACUCCGACGACGACACCCCCUCCUCCUCCUCCUCCGAUCCUACAGCCCGCCUCCCAGACGCGGGCCUAAUCCACACCCUCCUCACAGACCUCACACUCCGCGACGUCCCGCAAGCAAUCCUCCAUAUCACUACGCAUACAUUCACACCUAUCCCGCCCACGCGCUCGGGGCUAAGCUCUACUCGCACUGCUGAGAUCCUGAAUUUCCGCCGCGCACUACCGCCGGUAGCGACGGUGUCGCAUGUGCAAGCGCUACUGCACGCGCCUACCGCUGUGGCGCGCGAGAUCGCGGAGUUGACUGCGAAAGGGACGAUACGGAAACUCGUCAUCCCUGGGCGUGGAGGCGCGGGGGAGUUGCUGAUUUUAACGCGCGACCUGGAGGGGCUAAUCAACUCCUCCACCACCCUCGACGACGCCGUCAAAGCGGCUUAUAUCAAGUUACUCCGAGAGCAGCCGACGGCGCUCAAACUACCGAGAUCGAGCUUGUCACAAGACGCAGCGAGGCAGCUCAUGCAAGCUGGUUUUAUUACAGCCGCGACACCGACAUGGACAGCUGCUGAUGUCUUCUCGGCCCCUGGACAAGGGGCGCGAGGGACCCUAGCGAGUCUAACCAGCAUCGCCUCCGCCGCGCGCGGAGGCGUCGGGAAAGUCGGCAACGAGGGCGUCGUCCACGCCGCUGGCGGUAGUGGCGGCCGCGCCGGCUCCUCAGCAGGGGGGAUGGGUGAUUACAGCGUCUCCGUCCCGAACGUGGGUGCUUAUCUCAAACUCCUGACUUCAGCGCGGACGCAUCUCGUGGGUGUGCUGGGGAAAACGAGGUUUAGAGAGAUGACGGAGGAAGGGUUGAGGGAGAGGUGGGAGGGGGGUGUGGAGGGUGCGGGGAGGGGGAGUGAGGCCAGGAGGGAUAGGGGGGAGUUUGGGGUGGCGAGGGGGAGGACGAGGUGGUGGAGGGUGUUUUGGGGGGUGGAGUUUGGGUGGGUGGUGAGGGAGUGUGUGGGGGCGGGGAUGGUGGAGGUUUUUGAGACGGGGAGUGUAGGGAGGGGGGUUAGGGUUAUAUGAGUAGGUAGGGUGUUUUUUCAACUGGGAAGGUUUGAGGGUUGUGAUGGAUGCUUGGUUGGAAGGGAGGUGAUUGCUGGGAUGUGUGUGUGUGUGCUGGUAUGAGCCUGGUUGGCAGCAAGGAGAUGUGCUGUCCUUGAAGACUCCUUGCAGACUGAUCUUCCUCUGCAUGGCAUCAGAGAUGGCUUGUGUCCGUGACUGAGGCUGCUAGACUGAUGAGAGUCCUGCUUUCCUUGCAUCAGACUCAGACUCCAUGGCCACAGACCCUCCUUUGCUCCCCUCACUAUCCUCACCGCAGACCUCAACCCUCCUUCUUUAGUAUCAAACAGAGUCAACCUCACACAGACUCCACUAGCACGGAUCUCUCGUCUGUUCCCUCACCACACCAUCAUCACCACAGAUAUCUUCUCUGCUCCCCUGACCAUCUUCACCAUCUUCACCACAGAUCUCAACCCUCCUCCUUCAGUAUCAAACAGAGUCAACCUCACAACCACCAUCACAACC